CUGAUUACGAAAGAAGAAAAUUGUUUUAUUGGCAGCACAUUGCCGUACCGGUUAGCCAAUGGAACAUUACUUCUGAAUUUUACCGCGAACUAACGUAAGUACGUUACUCUUGUCAUCUCGUUGUGUUCUGGUGAAUUACCUUUGUUCUGAAAAUGGCUGGUGGAAAAGCAGGUAAAGAUUCUGGAAAAUCCAAGGCCAAAGCGAUUUCACGUUCUGCUAGAGCUGGAUUGCAGUUCCCUGUUGGCCGUAUACACCGACAUUUGAAACAUCGUACUAUAAGUCAUGGCCGAGUUGGUGCUACUGCAGCUGUGUAUAGUGCAGCUAUUCUUGAGUACCUGACAGCUGAAGUUUUGGAGUUAGCAGGAAAUGCAAGUAAAGAUUUGAAGGUGAAAAGAAUUACUCCUCGCCAUCUUCAGCUAGCCAUUCGUGGGGAUGAAGAGCUUGAUUCGCUCAUAAAAGCCACAAUAGCAGGUGGUGGUGUCAUUCCCCAUAUCCACAAAUCUCUUAUUGGAAAGAAGGGCACAGCACCUAAGACUCCAUAAGUUUGUCAUCUUUCAUCGGGAAACAUGUAUCAUUGUCAUUUAAUUCAGCAUCUGUAAACCUUUGAAAUAUUUUUCAAUAAAACAUCUUUACUCUUCUCCUGGCAUAAAAA